GAAAGACAAAAAUGCAAGGGGGUGGGAAACGAGACGAGACUAGGAGAAAGCCAAAGUCACCGCAAGUGGAGAACGCUUGUCGCUUUCAGCAAAGUAAAAGCAACUUCCUAGAAGCACCCAUCACCCAUUUUGAUUUUUGAGUCUCCUUCUCCGCCCACAGAGACAACUCCUUUUCCACCAUCUUCUCUCCCCCCAAACAAAAAUGUUGCACGAACUCCACCAUUCUUAUCAGGGAAGGGACCCAAGAGAUAUGGAGACCCAGAAUGGGAGGUUAGCCUUCCCUUUUGUGUAGUCUUCUCCUCUGGCAGCUCAGAAGUUGGUUCUUCCUUUUGAAAGUUAAAGAGAUACUCAAGCAUUAGUUAUCUCAAAAACUAUGGAGUGUAUCUAAUAUAUAUAGAUUAUAGAGCUGAUGGGUGGGACACUUUCAAAACGAUCAAUCACACGGCAGUGGUCAUCAGUAUCAUCUAGUUCAUAUUCAUGGGGUCAUAAUAGUUAUGCACAGUCACCGUAUGCUCAACCCAACGAAGAGUAUGAACCACAGCAGAGUUAUGCCCCUAGACCUCAAAGCCACAGCAGUUUGGCACCUGAGUCAAGAAGGAAGUUGGAAAGAAAGUAUUCAAAGAUAAAUGAUGAUUACCGUAGCUUGGAACAGGUCACCGAUGCCCUGGCCCAUGCUGGCAUGGAGUCUUCAAAUCUUAUUGUUGGUAUUGAUUUCACAAAGAGCAAUGAGUGGACAGGUGCAAGAUCAUUCCAACGGAAAUGCCUACAUUACAUUGGAGACAAUCAGAAUCCCUAUGAGCAAGCAAUAUCCAUCAUUGGCAAGACAUUGUCUUCCUUUGACGAGGAUAAUUUAAUUCCUUGUUUUGGAUUCGGAGAUGCAUCAACACAUGAUCAGGAAGUAUUUAGCUUUUUUCCGGAUGAGAGGUUUUGCAAUGGAUUUGAAGAAGUUUUGAGCCGAUACAGAGAAUUGGUGCCUAAUUUAAGACUUGCAGGACCAACAUCAUUUGCCCCUAUCAUUGAAAUGGCUAUUACUAUCGUGGAGCAAAGUGGUGGUCAGUACCAUGUAUUACUGAUAAUAGCUGAUGGGCAGGUAACAAGAAGUGUUGACACUGAUCAUGGCCAGCUAAGUCCACAGGAAAAGGAAACAGUUGAAACAAUUGUGAAAGCAAGUGAGUAUCCCUUGUCAAUUAUAUUAGUUGGAGUUGGAGAUGGUCCAUGGGACAUGAUGAAAGAAUUUGAUGACAAUAUUCCUGCCCGUGCUUUUGAUAAUUUCCAGUUUGUAAACUUUACAGAAAUAAUGUCAAAGAAUAUGGAUAGAUCCAGAAAAGAAGCUGAGUUUGCUCUUGCAGCCCUAAUGGAAAUACCUUCUCAGUAUAAAGCAACACUGGAGCUUAACAUAUUGGGUACUAGUAGAGGGAAGGCUAUAGAUAGGAUCCCUCUUCCCCCUCCUCUCUAUGGUGCAGCUUCUUUCAGCACUUCCAAGCCCUCAGGAUCAAGUAGUUUUCUUCCAAGUGCACCUUCUUCUGGUAGACAUAAUACAGCUGUUGGCACAGCUCCUCCUGCAAGUUCUGCUACAGAUAACCAUGUUUGUCCGAUUUGUCUUUGCAAUCUGAAGGAUAUGGUCUUUGGUUGUGGACAUCAGACUUGCUGUGAUUGUGGACAAGGCCUUCAGUUGUGUCCCAUAUGCCGACGCACAAUUGAGACCAAAAUAAAGCUUUAUUAAUAAGUAUUAUCUUGUUUGAAUUAAUGUUCAUUCUCUGCAGCCUUUUUAAGCUCCAAGAGUGCAACUUGUUCAGAAGUUAAUUAUUGAGUGAGGAAUUUAAAGUCAGGGAUCAUCACCAGCAGUAUCAGGUGUCUGUUCACUGAACUAUCUAUUUGUAAUCUGCUAGAAAACAAUUAAGACUUAUCCUGUUGUACAAGGAUACCAUCCAGCAGUGACUAAUGCUUAUUUUCAUCUUCUGAAAUUUCACUCUGGAAUCGAAUAAAACGUAAAAGCUUUUGCUCAUUGUUAUGGUCAUUGUUGUUUCAUUUUUCAGUCUUGUUGAUAAAUGAUAAGCCUUUUU